AUGCAGUUACAAGCUUUGAUUGAAAAGGCCAAAAUGUGUGUGGAGCUUACAGUGGAGAAUGAGAGGCUGAAUGAGAACAUUUUGGAGAUGCUAAAAGAAUUGUAUGAAUGCAGGCAUGCUACUAAUAUGGCUUUUAAUAAAAUGGCAGAAACCAUGGCACCUUUGAGUAGGUCUCCUGUAUCUGAAAAUCCAGGGUCUAUUGCUAACCCAGGGAUUGGAGAUACAGGAUACAAACCUCUUUAUCCAUGGGAGGAUUUGAAACAAAAGUCAGUGACAAAUCUCCAUGCGGCUCCAACUACAACAACCACAGUGUUGAAUCCUGAUAAUUCUGGAGAGAUUCAGCUAGUUACUAAGCAGUUAAAGCCACAAGAAAUGGAUGCCAUAGUUAGAGAAAUAGGGCAGGUCCCUCAGCAGGAUAUCAAUCGCUUUUUGCAAUGGUUUUGUGGAAUUCAAAGAGUGAAAGAGAUGUAUAGUUUGACAACUGGUGAUAUGGAGAGAGUGUUCCAGAGAGUUGUUGGAAAUGGAUUGUGGGUCAGGAUUGUACAGACAUGUGGUCAGCAGCGUAGAACUAGGGAUAUGUUGAAAGAGAUAUUGAGAGCACUUUAUGGAGUUACAUCAAACGUGUCAUUGUCUGGAAAAAUUAAACAGCUGAAACAAGAGUCUCCGAAUGAAUUGUCAGCUAGAAUCUCUACAGUGAUGGAACAGUUUGGUGUCAGUAAUCCUGGUUUUGAACAGGGAGGGCUGGUGCAUAGAUCAAUGUUUUUGGAUGCAUUAGAGGAAGAUAUUAAAGAUGAGAUAUUAUCUGUAACCCCAAACCCAUCAGAAAUGUGUGAUUUACUGUUAAGAGCUGAUAAUUUGUGGCAAAGAAAGGUUAAAAAUUAG